AUGUUUCUAAAGGGUUUUGUAAACUUCAUCCUAAAUUCUAUUUUCCUAAAUUUGAGUAAAUUUUUUUGUUAUUUAUUUAAUUUAAAAAUGUCUACAAAUUGGGCAGAAUUACGAAAAGAACUUAAAGAAGUUCGAAAAGAAGUUGUUCACAAACAAAAUUCUAAAAAACGGAAAGGAAUGCCUGGUGAAGCUAAUAAAUGGAAGAAGGCUAGACAAGAGAUUGAUAAAUCGGUGAAAGAGGGGACUUCGUCUAAUGGUCCAGCAAUAACUAAAGUUUUGGCUUUGGACUGUGAAUAUGUUGGAGUUGGAAUUGGAGGGACAGAGAAUAUGUUGGCUAGAGUUUCAAUUGUUAAUGUUGAUGGUGAGACUGUUUAUGAUGAAUAUGUUUUGCCCACAGAAAAGGUAACAGAUUAUAGAGUGCAUGUUAGUGGAAUUCGACCUGGGCAUUUACUUAGAGCCCAAACAGAAGUACGAAAAAUACUUUCCGACAAUAUUGUGGUUGGGCAUUCUAUUCAACACGAUUUUCAAGUUUUGGGACUUACCCAUCCUCCCAAACUUAUUCGUGAUACAGCCAAGUUUAAAUUACUCAGAGAAACUCUUGAUAAUCCAAAAAAGACGCCUUCAUUAAAAUUAUUAGCCCACCAUUUAUUGGGUGUUCAAAUUCAACAAGGAGAACACGAUUCUGUUUUGGACGCUAAAAUUGCUUUACGUAUAUAUUUGCAAUAUCAAAAUAAUUGGGAGAAAAAGAAUUCAAAGAAUCCUUCAAAGACGAAGAAAAAGAAGAGUAAAUAA